AUGUUCCUUCUGGCAGUGCUAGCCAUCUUUUGUACUCAAACUCAUGGAUAUGAGGUUUUUAACUACUUGAAUCCUGCCAAUAAUGGUGGCCCAGCCCAGGAAACAGUACAAAUUGAAAAUGAGAAAAAUAUCGCCAUCAUCAACGUCAAUGCAGGGAAGUGCUCUUCCACCACAAUCUUUGACUACAAACAUGGUUAUAUUGCUUCCAGGUUACUUUCUAGGAGAGCCUGCUAUAUAAUGAAGAUGAACCAUGAAAGUAUCCCUGCUCUGGAUCAACUCCGAAGAUAUGUUUAUGAGAGACAGGCACUGCAAAACAUGUUUUCUCCCAAAUAUUCCUGGGUGAAAUACAACCCCAUACAGUCCCUGCUCACUGAUAUUGAUUGGUUCCUGUUUGGCUCACCCAUAGAGAAGCUUUGCAAACAUGUGCCCCUGUACAAGGGUGAAGUGGUUAAAGAGAACCCUGGUGCUAAGGGUUGUGCCAAGGUUGGUCUCCUGGGCAUUCUCCAUAUUGGCAUUUGCGCAGACCUCCACCUUUAA